ACUGGGAUGGUAAACGAUAUUGUUACCGGCACGAGGUGACGAUAAAAGAUGGCAGGUGCACUCAGGCUCGGAGGAAAUCAAUAUUGAGAGAAGAUUGGUAGAGGGGUUGAGGUGCAUCGAAGCAUCCCCCCAUAAGAGAGAGCCACGGAAAGUUAGGAACGCGCCGAUAUAGCGGCCGAGCUGAGGAAAACGGUGGAAAAUGUCAUAGUCUCGUGGACGGACAUAAUUUCGAGCGAAUAAUAACGAUAACGAAUACGAAUACUCCUUGAUUUUUCAUCCAUCUUUCUUUCCGUCCGUUUCUCCGCUGUCCCGCCUCGUUCGUUAUCUGGUCGGUUCCCGUCUGCUCCCUUUUCGCUCGAAAACUCGGUGUUUCGAAGCGACGUGUUUCGUCCUCGGUACAGUGACUCGAUAAAUUGUAAGUGAUAGUGUGCAGUGAUUACGCGAUCGUGUUGGACAAGAUGUCGGUGAAGAUGAUGAUGUACAAGCAAGCCGAGUUCGAGGACGAAGAUAGCAGUAGCAUCGGUUCCGUGGCUUUGAACAGCGAGGGCAUUAGCACAUCGGCCACGCAUAUACGAUACAAUUCGGGGAUCUCGUUGUGGAGAGCGAGAAGCGCUCUCGAGAGAUGUCUUUUCAUCAUUUGCGCGGGCCUGCUGUUGAUGGUGAUGAUGCUCUCGAUAGUGAUCAGCAGCAAGAACGGUUGGGACGAGGCCCAGAUACUUCACGUUACCUCCCAUGGAGAAAAUGGUACCCACUGUUUAACCGAGCACUGCAUUACGAUUGCCGCCUCCAUUAUAAACAGCAUAGAUCGCUCGGUCGAUCCAUGCGACGAUUUUUACGAAUACGCGUGCGGCGGUUGGAUCAAGAAGAAUCCAAUACCGGAUGGGAACAGCAUGUGGGGAACGUUCGACAAGUUCGAGCAAGAAAAUCAGCUAAUUGUGAAAAAUGUCCUUGAGAAACCAUUGGUCGAGAUGAAAUCAAAGGCCGAGAAAAAGGCAAAGUAUUAUUUCCUCUCGUGUAUGGACGCGAACGAUACGAUCGAAACGCUCGGCGCGAAACCGAUGCUGGACUUGUUGGAUACUAUCGGUGGAUGGAACGUUUCUGGCAAAUUCAAUAUAAGCGAAUGGUCUUUGCAGAACAGUAUGCAUAUUCUGCAAAAUGUUUACAACAUGGAUGGUUUAUUUACAUGGGCGGUAAACGAAGAUGAUCGAAAUAGUAGCAGACACAUUAUACAAAUCGAUCAGGGAGGUUUAACGCUGCCAACCGCUGACGAUUAUCUCAACAUCACCGAACACGGUAAAGUGUUGGCUGCUUAUUUGGAAUACAUGACAAAGAUCGGCGAGCUGUUAGGCGGUGAGACGAACUCGACGAGGAAACAGAUGCAGGACGUGAUACAGUUCGAAACGAAAUUAGCGCGGAUCAUGACAUCGCCCGAGAAUCGUCGGGACAAAGAAAAGCUUUACAAUUUGAUGUCGUUGAACGAACUUCAACGUAAAGCGCCAUUCAUGUCGUGGGUAGACUAUUUUAAAAAUGCGACGCGCAUCGUUAACAAGAAGAUCAACGACAAGAUGAUGAUCGUGAACUUUGCCCCGGAAUAUUUCAUCAAAUUGUCCAACCUGGUAUUAGAGUACAACAAAACGAACGAAGGAAAAGUGGUACUGAAUAAUUAUCUGGUUUGGCAAACGGUGAAAUCUCUAACCACCUGCCUGUCGAAACCGUUUCGCGACGCUUACAAGGGGCUGAGGAAAGCUUUGAUCGGUUUGGAAGGCCAGGAGCAGCAAUGGCGUUAUUGCGUCAGCGAUACGCAUAACGCGAUGGGUUUUGCGAUCGGUGCCAUGUUCGUUAGAGAAGUUUUCCAUGGAAAGAGCAAACCCAUGGCGGAGAAGAUGAUCGACCAAAUACGGAAAGCUUUUACCAAGAAUUUCAAGAAUCUGGACUGGAUGGACCCGAUAACGAGACGGGCAGCCGAGGAGAAAGCGAACGCGAUCACCGACAUGGUCGGUUUCCCCAAUUUUAUCUUGAACCCGUCCGAGCUCGACGAGCGUUACAAGGAUCUGACGAUCAAGCAAAACGAAUACUUUCAAAAUAACAUACGGGUGAAUAAGUAUAAUUUACGAAAGAAUUUAGAAAAGUUGGAUCAACCCGUGAACAGGACCACCUGGAUCAUGACUCCGCCAACGGUGAACGCUUAUUACUGGCCUACGAAGAAUCAGAUGGUUUUCCCUGCUGGUAUACUUCAGAGCCCGUUCUACGAUAUGGAAAAUCCCAACAGUUUGAACUUCGGCGGUAUAGGAGUCGUGAUGGGACACGAAUUGACUCACGCGUUCGACGAUCAAGGAAGAGAGUACGAUUUGCAUGGAAACUUGAAUCAUUGGUGGAACAAUGCCACGAUAGAGAGAUUCAAGAAUAGAACGAAGUGUUUCGUCGAGCAGUACAGCAAUUUCGAGAUAAAUGGCCGACACGUGAACGGAUUGCAGACAUUGGGGGAAAAUAUCGCGGAUAACGGUGGUCUUAAAGCAGCGUAUCACGCGUAUCUCUCGAUCCCAAAAAGCUACAAAGAUCAGCUACCCUUGCCAGGUCUUAAUUUGACGCAUCGACAAUUGUUCUUUCUGAAUUUUGCUCAGGUUUGGUGUUCCGCCAUAAUGUCCGAGGCGGUAGCCCUUCAAAUCGAGAAAGACGCCCAUUGCCCGUCGAAGUACAGAGUGAUAGGAUCGCUCUCGAAUCUACCAGAAUUCGCUGCCGAAUUCAAUUGUCCCGAGGGCUCGCGGAUGAAUCCGGUUCACAAGUGCGAAGUGUGGUAAUGCAUCCCGUUUUUUCCUCUAGAAAAUCCAUUGUCGAUGUGAAAAACGAUUGCAUCGUUUCGAUCCCCAUAUGAUGUAAUGUACGGUAUAUAUAUAUAUAUAUCGUGAACGAGUCGUUGUCAAAACUGAAACAAGCAAACAAAUAAAAAAAAUGCUUCCGCUUCUAUCUUCAGAGCUAGCGGCUCUUCCUUCGACGUUUCGAUCUUUAUUCGGUUACGAGAUAAAAAAAACGAGGACGUUUCGCGGCGACAAAAGCAAAGAGCUCUCGAUUCGCGCUUUCAUUCACAAUUUUCCCAAUCGUAAUUUCCUCCACGUGGGAAUUGGAUUCGUAAAACGGAGUAUAUUUCCACGAAUAAAAGGAACGUCGAAAAAAAACGUGGAAGCGAACGUAGAAACGAAUCCAGUUUGCGACAACUUGUGAUUUUAUCGUGGUUUUAAAUUUAAUCAACGUCCAUUUCGCCAAUUCGUGAUUUAUUCGAAAAUUCUAGCGAAUAAAUCGAGUAUUCAUUCAAGAUCUCUUACGCGGCUCUUAUGCGCGUUUCGACGUAUCGGUAAUCCGUUUAAACAGUGUACCCGAGACGAAUCAGCUUCGAGGCUGGAGAAUUAGAAAGAUACUAGGACCAUAUACGGUUAUACGAAUCGUUCAAUUUCCCCGUACGACGUCGCUUGCGUCGCGCCAAUGUUUUUCACUAACGAAUAAAUUCACUAUGGUUCAUCGCGAUUCACUGGAAAUGUUCGAUCGAAUUGAAUCGACCGACCGACCGACCGACUAACCGAUCGACCGACCGACCGAUCGACCGAUCGAACAAUCGGCCAACUGACCGACUUUACACUUUGUGCCACAAGCGAGCAUGUUUCCACGCGGUAAAUUUUUGACUGAUUUUUCACUUUUAUACUUGAAAUCGGUUAUAUUGAUUAUCCGUUCAAAACGAUUCGACUGAUCGAUUCGCGUUACAAUUUUAACGUUACCACGCUAUUUACAAUAAAUUUACAGUACGCAACUAUAUAUUUGCUCGAAACUCAACGCGUAUAAAGAUAUACGCGUUUUGCAAUUCUUCUGUCUUUGAUUAAUCUCUCCUCGCCAGAACACAUAUCCACCACAUAUCUAUCCGAUAUUGACACGGUGCGUUAUUAACUAAACAAAAGAAAUUAAAAGGACGAUAAUUUUAAAAAAAGGAAGGAAAGAAGUUGAAGGAAAUAAAAAUGAAUGAAAAAGAAAAUAGAAUGAUUAAUUCACUCAGUUUAAAAUUCUUUCUAUACGUUUCUCUCGUAAUUCGUAAUGGAGAAGCAAUGUUCACGGAUCUCGAUGAGCCAUGGCGAUCACAAACAGCGUAAUUUCUGCAGGCAGGAAGUUAAGAUCUUAGCUUAAGAAAUUAAAUUUUCUAAAAAAAGAAAAAAAAAACUACGUGCUACAUAUACAUAUAUAUAUGUAUAUAUAUGUGUAUAUAGUUUAUAUAUAGGAUGGAACCAAUAUUUGUUGAGCAAUGUUCGAAGAAUCGCUACGAACGUUCGAACAUAUUAUAAUAUAUACGUAUAUAAAUGUAUGUAUAUAUUUCAAAUAUGUAUGUUAAACGCGUAUACGAGUUUUAUCAAGUUGUAUCUCCAAAGACGAGAAGUAGAAUUUCGAUUGUUGCAAGAACAAAUAAACUUCAUCUUCUAUCGUACUUUUAGUCGACGUUAUCGUACAGAUACGUACAUUUUGACGCGGUUUAGAUAUUUAAUUAGAUAUUCCAAAUUUUCAUUUUUUACUUCCUUCGUUUCCACGACCAUCAUCGGUCAUUCGAACGUUCGUAGUUGAACGAGAAAGAAGAAGAAACGACUAGUGGAAAAAAAAUUACCCGCAUUUCAUGCUCGACUAAUUUUUCUUUGUCUCGAUUCGACGACGAAUAAAAAUACAAAUUGACGACGGCCUCUUGUUGUCUUCUGCGUACAUAUUUUAUAAAAGAAUGCAAUAAAGUUCGGCGAACAAGUGUUGUGCGUCUGAAUGAGAAAAAUUCUUAGAAAUAUUACAUAAUAUUCGAAAACAUAUGUUUCUUAACGACGCACAUGUAAAUCAAAUAAAAAAAAAAAAAAAAAAAAAAAA